AUGGCACGGCGUUUCGGUUUAUUUUCCGUGAUUCUUUUGCUAUUUUCAAAUGGAAAUAUUGCCGAAAAUUCUAAAAUUUCACAUCAAUCAGCUGGAAUAUAUGUACGAUUGAACCAGAAGGCGGUGGAUUACGUGGCAGAUUUGGCCUCCGAUGCUCUUCCUGCAAUUCUCAACAACUUGAGCCCUCCGGAUAUCGUCACCGACAUCGCAACAAUCUCCAAACUUCACAUUUCUAAUGUUGCCAAACCAAAUAUCAGUGCAAAGUUCAUAAAUGACAAAGGUGUUGCCUAUAACAUCACUUUAGCUUCAUUCCGUGCAAGUGCUUUCGCUCAAAUAAGUGUUUUUUUAUGGACUUAUGAAGGAGAUUUUACUGCUGAACUUAAAGAACUUUCAAUCCAAUCGGAACUCCAUUUUGAGUAUAAUGGUACAACUACUGUGAAGGCUCCUGUAUGUAAUGUAACUCAUUCUGAACUUUCAUUGGUCUUCCCACCCGGAUCAAGCUUAUCUGCUCUUCAAUCAGAGAUUAAGGGACAGAUUGUAUCUGCAAUCCGUGACGCUGUAUGCUCUACUGCUGUGGAAGCUCUAACAUUCGUCAUGGCUCAGAAACCAAUUCCUCCAGAGAGUCCCACUUAUCAGAAACCCGCUUCAGGAGAUCCAAAUGGUUUCAGUGUAGCUGAAUUGGGAGCUUCGUUAUGUCAAGUUGAUACAGUGAAUGGAAAAGAUGAUUCUGCUGAGGAGUUCGAGACGACCACGACACCUGUUUCAGACGAUAAUAACUCUAGUUUGACGGGGGAAGAGACUCCACAGGCCUAUUGGGGAAUUGAUUUGUCAGUUAACCAUCCACCUACUUUCACAGAUGAGGAUAUGAUAAUUGGAUUGGAUGGUGGAAUCCUGUUCAAUGGAUGGAAAGCAGACUCUGCCCGACAACCACAAGUUCUCAAUAAAACUCGAUUGGAUAAGAAAAUGGUUGGAAUUCUUCUUUCUGAGUACAUUCCAAAUACUCUUUUUCAUCACAUUUACAUGUACGAUCUCGGAAAUUUCAGACAUAGAUAUACUCCGACUGCCCUCCCAAAAAUCCUUCAGAAACUCUCAAAAGCAAUUUGUUCCAAAUGUUACAUUGAAGUUUCUGCGAAUUUGACAGAACAGCCACGCCUCGAAAUCGAUGCCCAUCUCGGAGCUCGAGUUCAACUCUCUGGAAACGUGUCCAUCAUGUUCCACGGAAGAGAAGAACUUCAUGAUGUUCUCACUGCUAAUACCAAGUUGCAUGUGACAUUGAAACCAACAGUUCGUCAUUCUAGAAUCUUUGGAGAUGUCUCGCUGACCAAUGUUGAUGUCAAUGUUUUCGACCUUGGUCUCGGCGGUCCUCUCGCUGCUCCAAUCGAGAAACUCUUCUCAUUUGUGGUGCCACGUGUCCUCUGGCCUCAAGUCAAGAAACGUCUUCGCUUCGCAAUGAAUCGUCGUGGUGUCAAACUUCCAAUCUUCUGUGGCGUUGAACUGGAACAUACUGAACUUGAUUUCGUGAAUCAUGCUAUCCUUUUGAACACUGAUUUCUCUUUCGAUUUGCCACUUUUCUUGGCUAAAUUCAAGAAAUAUUUGGAAGUGAAAAGCAAGAUGAAUCCAAAUCUGCCGAAAUAUGUGAUUGUUUAA